CUGACGAGAAGCCCGAAGCGCAACCAAAUGGCGUCGUAUUCCAUGCUCCGCAGGGUCUCCUCGUCUGUACUUCCUCUCGCGACCCGAGCGGUCGGGUCUCCGAGAGCCUUCCGCUGCGUGGUCACUGGCGUUCCCACCGCCGAGAAGGCCCGCGCGCUGAGCCGGAGAAGCUUCAUCCCGACUCUGCGCUUCUGCUCGGCGAGCACCGAUAAGAGCCUUAUUCGGGUCCUUGAGUCCGAGAUCAAAUGCGCCGAGGAUACUCCUAAUAAAAUGACAGAAUCAACCUUGGGUUUCAUUUGGUCAGCCGAUGGACAGCCCGUAGGAUUCCCUUUUCAAAUUGAAGACAGACCUGGAGAAAGAACUGUAUUACUUACUAGAAGUUUCGAAGACGAAAUCAUCAAGGUUGAAGCUGACAUCCCUCAAAUUGGAACUGAGGAUGAGGAAGAGGAAGAGGAUGGUGAUGAGGAUGAUGAAAAAGGUGAUAUUGAGACGACUCCUUUGUUGGUGACUAUCACCAAAGAAAGUGGAAUGUCUUUGCAGUUCGGUGUCACAGCUUCGAAAUGUGAGAUUUGCAUUGAUAGCUUGGCAAUUAAGCAGCCAGAAGUUUCUGAAGAUCAGCUUGCAUAUGAAGGUCCUGAAUUUAAUGAUUUGGAUGAAAACUUGCAGAAGGCUUUCCACAAAUAUCUUGAACAUCGAGGAAUCAAUUCCAGAACGGCCAGUUUCUUGGGUGAGUACAUGCGCAAAAAGGACAGUAAGGAGUAUCUUUUGUGGUUGAAGAAGAUCAAGAGUUUCGUUGAGAAGUGACUUCAUUUACAAUUCCUUUCAAUCUUAUGGUCUUGGGAGGGCUGAAGGCUUUUGCUUCUUUGAGAUUUCAUCUGCUGUACUUGUAUCAUGUUAAGGGAGGAGGAUUAUACCUAUAAAUUAUGAGAAACGAUGCUAGGUCGAGUGAAUUGAACCCUCCAAAACAUGGCUCUCUUGAUAAUUUUGAGUCCCUGUGGGACAAUAACAGGCCAAAACACAGUGACCUAAAGUUUAUUUCGUAGUGAAAUGUUCAUGGCUGCAUGAAGCAGCUGUUCUAGUGACUAAAAGAUCGGCUGUUGCAGCAUUCUUCCUGUUUUGGGAUUUGAAAGACAGCAAUUGUUUUAGAUAAAUCCAAAUGUAUCGUGAAAAUUAAUGGUAUGUACUCUUUAUAUUGGCAGGCCA